AUGGAAACCACCAACAAAAGCCAAAAACGAAAAAAAUCGGGCACAGAGAACAAAAAGGCAAGGAAAGCAAGGAGGGAAGAAAACGAAAAACUUGGAUCGUUCAUGAAAAGCUAUUUCACAAAAUCAAGCAAAUCAUCAUAUGGAGACGAUGCUUCCAGUAAUGACCAAGAUGCUCUAAAUGCUGCAGGAGACAAAAAGACUAAGGAAAGCAAAGAUGUAAAAUAUGGUAUAGAAAAUGCAAGCCCAGACAAGCCAUGUGAUGUGGAGGACAAAAACGACAUAGAAGAUGAGAUCGAAGAUCCUGUAAAUCUUCCAGAGUUUGAUAGCAGACGAAGAGUUAGUGAAGGGAAAGUUCGGGACGACGAGAUGGACGUGCAAGAAUCUGCAGUGCCUGGUGUAGCAACUGCAUGA